AGCACCCCGACAGUGACAAUUUUCACCUCGACUCGAACAUUGGCACUACUCUGUUCAGCAAGCGUCACCAGCAGAGAAAUUUUAUAAACAAAUUCUGCACUGCGCGCUGGGACAAAACAUUUUCACUAAAAGUUCAACUCUUGGAUUCUUCCUAGUCGUCUGCUGUGGUGCCCGUGAAAAGUGAUCGCAAUCUUAAUGACAGAAGCAGUUUUCUUAAUGGAUCGAUUGCCAUAGUAUGAACAGAGACUCCUGACAGUGAUGACAUCACAAUGAGCGCCCAUAAAGAUCGAGCAUUCGCAUCUGUCAAGGCAGUUGACAGAUUGACUCCUUUAGAAGACGCUGAUAGGGAGGAGGGACCUAGCAGCAUGCGUGACGUCAGCGGAGACAAACCUGUCAGCUCAGGUGAGAUCAAUGGAUCGGCCACUGUCAAAGGUUCCAACUCUCAUUUAUUCCACACCGCAGAUGAGACAAAAGAUUCGAAACAAAACAAAGUUGAUUCUCAAAACUCUUCACACGGAAAUUCAAAGGGCAGCCACCAAUCUCUUUCCUUAAACUUUUUUUCGAAGUCUCCAGAAACGCGCCCGCUACUUUCCUCAUCUUCGACCUCUCCGACGUCGCCAACAUCUGCUUCGCCAUCGCAAACACCAGCAUCUACAGCCCCAACGUCAGCAGUCACAAACUUCCAUUCGAACAGUUCCGAGCCGUCCGCUUCCCCAGAAGAGGGCACCCCGCUGUCGGAUGUGGAGAAGCUGAAACAGAAAAUCAACUCAAUGACGUCAGCGAACGCUUUGGGCAACGGCAAAAGCUCGUCCCAUCCCGAGUUCCACCACCUGAAAUCCGCCAUGAAACACAGCGGGGAAGACGGGAAGAAGGGGAAGCGGAAGAUGAGCUUGCUGGAUACGGUCAUGCGCAGGGUGAGCAUUCACCGGAAGGACUCCACCCCUUCGGGUAGGAUAGCGACUUUUUUCUUCGGCUCUGCCGAGGACGCCAUGAAAGAGGACAGUGAAGAGGAAGAAGGUAGAGAUAAUGGAGAUACAGAUGUUGAGGGCAAAGGUCACAGCGACGAACAUGGGCACCACUCUGGCAAGACAGCGGCCGAGAGGAAGCAACACCAAGUGGCCAUCUUGAAGGAGAACUUAUUUAUGAUACUGAGUGGUCUCUACGGAGUGGUCAUUGUCAUACUUGGUGCGGUGCUUCCCAUCACUGAAAUAUUUGUCAAGAACGAGAAGGAACGAUCUUUUGAGGCCUUCUAUCUGUACCUCUACAUCGUCAGUAUCAUAUUUCUGGUGUAUGUCUACGCCUACCUGCUGAGACGGAACAGGUUGAAAACCGAGUUUCUGACCAGGACGCUCUCCAGGUCUCUCUCCUGGACGAGAAACUGGGCAAAGUCCUGGGCCAAGGCGGACGAGGCCACCAAAGGGAAGCUCAGGAAGAGGAUGACCUCUCUUGAUGUCGACAACCACCACACUGGCACAUUCUACCUCCGAUUAGGAGUCCUGGGCUUUGGCAUCGGCUCCAUGAUACACAGUGGUCUAAACUUUGGCAAGUUUUUUGCAGUCACUGAGGCAGCUUGUCAGGAGGCGCUGGACGCGGUCAAACCUUUGUUCCACCUUGUGUUUACUUUCUUUCAGUUGUAUUUCAUCUUUAUGAAUUCUAAGAUGUGUAUUCACCGCUACAAGAGACUUGCCCGCUUUGGUCUCAUGCACAUGUGCGCCACCAACAUAUGCGUGUGGUUCCAGUCUAUCGUGGUGGAGACCCUCCACGUCAUUCACAUGCACCACCACAACAGCCAACACAGCGACCACGGCAGCGGCGGAGAUCACGGGGGAGGCCACGGGGAUGCGACCUCCCACCCCGACGACGAUCACGGGCACGACGACCACCUGGGGCCUACCGCCUCCCCACAUAAGAUUCUGUCGACGACCAUCAAAGUUGGCAGGCGACUUCAUGCAGCGGUCAGUUCUUCGUCUAAUCAUCACGAUGUUAACUCCAGCUCAUCGACCUGUGAGAUGUCUGGCAUGAUGAACGAUGCCGUCGAAGCUGCUGGACCCUAUCUGUACCCAUGUACCAUCGAAUACAGCCUCAUGUGCGCCGGUAUAUUGUAUAUUAUGUGGAAGAAUGUGGGUAACAAGCCCAUGCGCCAUCACCCCUCCGAUUCUGACGACGAUGACCACGAGAGAGUGCACCGAAUGAGUGUGGACUGCACCAGCAGCAGCAGAGGCCUGUUUCUGGGUAUCCUGAUGAUGGUCGGCACCAUCAUCUCCAUCAUUGCUUUUUACAUGCUGGUCAACUCGGAGAACAUGCAGUUGUCUGGGCUAAUACUGACCCACCUGUCAGAGACGUUUAUCUACACAGUGACUUUGAUCGCCAUUCUGCUGGCCGCAUGGAGAAUGAAGAACCUGACCUUCCACAACGAGCACGAGAUUGACCUGGAGGACAUUCUGGUGCUGAUCUCUUACACUGGUCUCCUGGUCUUCAUCAUCUUCAGUCUUGUAGCCUCUAUCCUGCAUACGCCUGCAGACACCAGGUCAGCGCUGACUAUUUUGUCCAACAUUUUCAUGUUGCUACAGUCAACAGCGCAGACACUUUUUAUGCUGGCCGGUGACAGAAUGACCGCGUCGGAUGAGUUGCAGCAAAGGAAGAAACCAGGGCGUGAGUUUAUCACAUUUUUACUCAUCUCCAACUUUGCCAUGUGGGCAGUGAACACUUUUGAAACACAGACCCCACAACACAAUCCUAUACAGGUGGAGUUCUAUGGAAACGAUGCAUGGGCAAUCUUCACCCACGUCAGUGUCCCCUUGGGCAUCUACUACAGGUUCCACUCCACUGUCUGCUUCAGCAACAUUUGGAAGAACGCCUGGAAGAUUCGGAAACACGGUCAUGGUCACGGCUAACUUAUACAGAUCUCCAUUUCACACUAUCUCAGCCUUCAUUAUACAUGUAGUUCACUGUGAUCAAAAGUGCUGUUCAAUGCUAGGUUUUUCUCCCAAGAUCAAGUGAUAUCUGUAAAUCAUUGAAUUUUAAUUAUUAAGAUUUUUAACUAUGUAUAUUUCUUCAAAGAUUAUUUACACUUUUAUAUUUCCGGUAACACUAUCUUACCGGCUUUCUCCCUUUCAUUUCUUUCCCACAAUGCUGUCUGCUAACUUCAGGUCCAUCAACUUUUCUUUCUGUUGUUUCGUUCCUUGCCUGUUUUAACUUCAUGAAGGACAAUAGCUACGUAGAUAGACACGUUUAGUGUGAAUAGUAACUGAGAUGGCAUCUUUCAAGCACUAAAUAUAAACUUUAUCCCUGAUAUACUUUUUGAAAUUUUGUAUUUGAGUCAUUGAUGUGAUAAGAAUUGGUCCAGAGACUUGGCUGCCUCUACUGAUCUAGAUCUAGAUAUAAACCUAAAGUAUAUAGAUAUAGGGCCUAGAACAAAGAUAUUAUUAUAUUUCUAUAGCAUAGCAUUUGCUUAUUAAUUUAAAAAAAAGACAGUAUAACAACUUUAAUUUAAUAAACUCUAUGAUCUGAUUUAUAAGUUUAACCAGGCUAGUUCAGUCCACUUUGAAAUAGACAAAGUAAAGAUUGUAACUGUGUUGUUUUUUUUUCCUUUUUACAAAAAUUAUGUUUAAACGCACAAUUAAGAUGUCUGGACAUUAUUCAAUUUGUAGUGCCUUAAACCCUAACCCGAACAAUGUACAGCUCAAAUUUACCAUAAGCUUUCAUAUCUAUAGUGUGAGUGUGUGUGUGUUUCAUGUUGUAGAUCAUCCUAGUAAACAAAUGUCUUUUUUUUAUAUUUAAUCUUGUGUACAUUUUUGUUGGUUGAUGAAUCUAUGCCUAAAUAAUAAGGUUAAUUUUGUUUGUUUAUUUUUGCUUACAUUGUUAUAACUUAAAUGUAAAUGGUGGAAUGAUGCAGUUUUGUCUGUUUACAUGAUUUAGAGGGACGACAGACAAAUGUGUAAAGUGUUGGAGUUGUGCCUCUUAAUGGAUCAAUGUUUAAUUCAUGACCAUGUCUGUUCGUAUGAGUGUGUUAUGAAUAUUCUCCUUUAUAGUCAAAUGGAACUCAUUUGUACUGAAGAUAGGAAUGAUCGAGGGAGGGAGGAUUUACUUGAAAAGUUAAAAAUGUGAAAUGUUUCCUUUUGAUACAAAUAAUUUAAUACAAUAAGUAUUUUAAUAUUUGUUUAACUAUAAUUUAAUAAUAUCUAUCAAAUCAGUUCUCAAUUUUCUUUUAUCAUAUAGUUUGCCCAGCUGUACUUCUUUCAGUCUUUGAAUCAACUCUUUGUUAACAAAGUGUGAUCAUUUAAAAAAAAAAAUCUUUGUGGAAUAAAAAAAAAUGAGAUUUAAAUUGUGUCAAAAUAUGUGCAUCUUGUGAAAUUGAAUAUAAUUUGACAUUUGACACCAUUAACAAAUGACAAACAGCAAUAAUGAAUCAUUCCAAAACCUAUGUAUAAAUGAUUAUUAACUCCAAAAUGAUAUAGUAUCAUUGACGGCAUGAGGAUUUUUUCAUACUAAUAGCAAAUUUUAGAAAAUUGAUGUUAUAUUUGUCUGUUAGAAAAUUUGAUCAGAUAUUUAAAAUCAUUAUAACCCCAGUUACCUGAUUGUGUCAUCCAUAACUUUUUAACAUAAUGGAAGGAAUGGGGAAGGGGGGAAUAAAGCAGAGGUCUACAGGGUCCUGUCCUGGCCUGCAGUGUAAGAGCUUAUUGUGUGUGUGUUCAUGUAGAUUUAAUACAGAUGAAAAUGAUUGAAAGUGACUGUUUAACUGUACCAGUGUUUUAAAUAUUCUUGUUAUAAAUCAAACUAUUUAAGGGAAUAAUCAAGAAGUGAAGUAUUUAUUUAUUUGUGGUUUAAAAAAGAAUGAGAAAAACAGGA